UCAAAGUCGUCGCCAACUUUAUAUACGAAAAAAAGUGCUCCGAAAUUGCACAUCCAAACCAAAAACCAAACCUCAUUUUAUAUAAUUUCACUUUCAGUUCUUGUUUGCAUAAAUAUUACGCAAAGUAAUUAACUUACUGUUCGGAAAUUACUAAUUAUUGACUGUUUUGCUGAGUGUGCAGAUUGGACUAUGUAUUGGACAUCCGUGAAGUGAUUGUAUAGUGACUGACUAAUUAAUUGAAUAAGUUUAGUUUUGCUCUUUUUUCACUGACUAGUAUCAGUUUAUUAAUUUAAUUUAAUUAAUUAGAAAAUAUAGUACAUUAGAGUUAGUUAGCGAGAACAGGACAAGGAUGUCGUUCCGCCGACCAAAGAAACCCAUCCGACCUCGGGUGGUUGCUUUAACAGCGGAUUCGGAUGAGGACGAGCCUAUGCAAGUAGAUUCGCCGCCCCCUCCACCAGUUUCGACGAAAGAAAGAAGCAAUAAUGGUCAAGUUGGUAGCAAGCUGUCAUUCGACAACGACGAAGCGAUCAGCUUCAACAAGCCUUCAAAAAGCAAGAAAGGGGAAAAAUCCUCCUCCAAGGCGGCCGCCCUCCUCAGUUUUGACGACGACUUGGAUGGGGAGGAAGAAGGAGAAGUCUUUCAAGUAAAAAAGUCAUCCGUUUCAAGGCGCCUAAUGAAACAGAGGGACAAGGAAAAGAAGGGAACUUCUUCGUCAUCAUCGUCUAAAUCCAAGAAUCCUUUCGGUUCCUCGACCAAUCAGGAGGAAAAUUCGACGAAAUUGAAACUCCAAGUGGACGGGUUUGUUGCCCAGCUAAAAAUAAAGAAGGAGCCAAACGAGGAAAAUGUGAAACCAGUGAUAAAACUGGAGAAAGAUUCCAUCCGUGUUUUGAACGGGAGAGAGGCUGAAGCCCUUCACAUGGAGUCGGAUGAUGACAAUGAAGACGACGACAACGAAGAGAACGGAAGUGCAAGUUAUGGACAUAAAUUUCGAAGACCGGCGGCCGGUGGUGGAGCCGCAAUUCAUGAUGCGGUUCGCAGAGCACUAGCACAAGGUCAAAUUCCGGACGCUAAUCUUAUCCAUGAGGCGAGAAAGAGGAAACAGAUGGCUCGUGAGAUGGGGGGUGGAGCAGGGCCUGAGUUUGUCCCGGUGGAUAAUGUCGACAGAUUGAAGAAGGAGAAAGGAAGACUCGUUCGCGAAGAUGAUGACAACGAUCAAAGUGACGAAGAGCGCCUGGAUUUUUCAUCCGCUACGAAUGCUGCUAAAAUUGAUAGGGAUAAAAGAAUUGAAGAUUUCCAAGCAGCUCAAGUUGAAGGAUCAGACAACGAUUCUGACGGUGAACUCGACGAAUGGGAAUCCCAGCAAAUUCGUAAAGGAGUGUCUCAAGCAAAGAUGCACAAUGUGGCAAAAGAAAUUCUUCAUCAAGGUUAUCUUGAUACUGGGUCUUCACAACUUUCCUAUUAUAAUAAUAAUUCAGAUGUACCCACUGGCUUCUCGUUCUACCCACCUGUUCAAAAUUCAGAACCAAAGAAGAAAGGAAAGACUCAAGCGUUUGUUGAACAGACCCAAAAAAUUGCAAGUAUUGAAGAAAUUGUGGGCGGAAGCAAGAAAAUAACUCCUGAACUGAUUUUGAAGCAGAUGUCAGAUAGAUUACAAAGGCUAAAAUUUUCUCGAGAUCGUAAUGCGGGUGAAUUGAGUCGUGUCCUGGCGGAUUUACAACUUGCAGAAAAGGAAUUGAACGAGGCGACGGACGUCAAAUCUGAUCUAAAUUCGCGAUUCAUUUUGUACCAGAAUCUAAAAGGGUAUGUCACUGACUUGGUAGACUGUCUGCGUUGUAAGGUUCCCGAGGUCGAGAACUUGGAGCAACGGAUGCUCGACUUGAUGAAAUCACGACGAGAGAAAUUUGCCGAGCGGAGGAGACAAGACGUCAGAGAUCAGACUGAAGAAGUAGCUGCCACGAUUAAUAUCAUGGGCAAUGUACCUGUCACAAAACCACCGCCCAGUAAUCCUGAGCGAACUCGAAGAGCUGCCGAACGAGAAGGACGUCGCACAAGGAGGAGAAGAUUAAGGGAAAAAGAAAUGCAGCCAGGAAUGCCACGCAAGGACGGUCUGAGUUCGGAUGACGAAGAACCAGACAUUGAAUUUAAGGCACAUUACGCUGCGAGAGAAAACAUUGUUGGUUGCACGGAAUCAAUCUUUGAAGAUGUUCACGAAGAUUUUGGAACGAUGACAGGGAUUCUUUCUCGAUUUGAAGAAUGGAGAGAAAAUGAUUUCGAUGCUUACAAGGAAUCCUAUGCAUACAUGUGUUUGCCAAAGUGUGUUGCUCCACUUACAAGAGUACAGUUGAUUGCGUGGGACCCUUUACGAGAGGGAUGUGACUUUUUAAAGCAGCCUUGGAUGAAGUCUCUAAUUUCAUACUCGUAUCGUCAAGGAGAGUCAAUUGAGGAGUUGAGCAAAGAUCCGGAUUCCAGACUGGUUCCGUCUGUCGUGGAGAAAGUGGUUCUUCCUUGGAUUGGACGAAUCGUGGAGGCUCGAUGGGAUCCAAUGUCUGGAUGUCAAACUCGAGGACUAGUUAACGUGCUCAAACGACUUAUUGACGAAUAUUCCAUAAGUCCAAAUAGUAAGCCGAUGCAUUCAGUGUUGGAGAUAGUCGUGACACGUUUGAAGGACUCCUUGGAGAAUGAUGUGUAUGUGCCUAUCUAUGCUAAAUCAGCUUUGGCAAAUAGCUUUACUCCAGCGAGUGUAUUCGUAUCUCGACAAUUUUGGUCUAGUGUCAAGUUGUUGGAUAAUAUGAGCAAGUGGCAAGGGCUUCUUAGCGACCGACCUCUUCAGGCCCUUGCGUUGGACGCAUUACUGACGAGAUACACGAUAUUGGGGAUUCGAGUAGCGUCAGAAUUGUCAGAAAGUGUGGAACGUGCAAAAGGGGCUGUCAAUGUACUUCCUCGGGCGUGGCUUUCUCGCGAGAAUGAAACAGACAUCCCUAAUGGACUACAGCAACUGUGUCGAUGCUUAGUUUCCCAAGUUCAAUCAACUGAUUGUACAGUUGCUGCAAAUAGAAUUGCCAUUCCUGAAAUAUCCAAUAUUCUAAAAACUAUCGGAUGUAAUGAAGAAGCUACACUAAUUCUACGAAAGUAUUCUUAACAGGACAUAUUCCCCUUAUUGACGAUAAAUAAUAAGACUAUAAAAUAUUUGUUUCCCUAUUAUUAUAAAUGUAGCUUGCCUGAUCAAAUGUCAACUUUUUGAAAUAAAGUUAUAAAUUAUACAGAAUUGUAAUCCAA